AUGGAAUGCUUGGGAAUUGGAGGCAAGAAAGGUGAACUGAGAGAUCGUCAUUUUUGUGUUUAUCGAAAGUCGACAUGUAAAUAUAUGACCAUGAAACAGUGUCCACGACUAGUGAUCAUCGAUGGUGACGUAAGAAAUGGAAUGUUAACCCUAACAACCCCAGAACAUGAACCAAUUCAAGUGGACAUUCACAAAGUUCUGGCUGCAAAUCAGAUUGUUAAUGUGAAAACAGCGCCAUCAUCAAAACUUCAAUUUCGAGUUGCUAAUCCGAACUCUCAAGCGGACAAAUAUUCAUGGGUAUUACGGCCCGGGUAUUGUCAAUAUUCAAUAUCGACGAGUUGUCGUGUCGAGAAAUCUGAUCUGACGAUGAAUGUCUUGCUAGGCUCAAUUCCGAUGUAA